CCCGACCAGAAACCACCGCGCACUGACGCCGCCCGGCUCCGUCUCCGGCUCCCGCUCCCGCUCGAGGUCGAGGCCCACGCAGCAAUCUGGUCUUCUGGAAAUCUCCAUCAAUCCGAUUCCGAACGGCAGAAAAUUUUCCCUUCCCCCGGCCACCAACCAACCAAACCCGAGCAACCAGCCUGAGCCACCUCCCAUGCGCCGCGCCGCAGCCUGAGGAGGAGGAGGAGGACGCGGUGGUCUGGAGAGGGAUGGAGGGCGCGUCCUCGCUGCCGCCCUUCCUGAGCAAGACGUACGAGAUGGUGGACGACCCGGCCACGGACGCCGUGGUGGCGUGGACGCCGCUGGGGACCAGCUUCGUCGUCGCCAACCAGGCCGAGUUCUGCAGGGAUCUGCUCCCCAAGUACUUCAAGCACAACAACUUCUCCAGCUUCGUGCGGCAACUGAACACCUACGGCUUUAAGAAAAUUGAUCCUGAACAAUGGGAGUUUGCAAAUGAUGAUUUCAUUAGGGGACAACAGCACCGACUGAAAAAUAUACACAGGCGUAAGCCUAUAUUCAGCCAUUCAUCGCAUACUCAGGGUUCUGGACCAUUACCAGAUACCGAAAGGAGGGAUUAUGAGGAGGAAAUCGAAAGGCUUAAGUGUGACAAUGCAGCUCUGACCUCAGAGCUUGAAAAGAAUGCACAGAAGAAACUUGUUACAGAGAAACGAAUGCAGGAGCUAGAAGAUAAGUUGAUCUUUUUGGAGGAUCGGCAGAAAAAUCUGAUGGCGUAUGUCAGGGAUAUUGUACAGGCACCAGGAUCUUUCUCUAGCUUUGUGCAGCAACCUGAUCAUCACGGAAAGAAAAGGAGACUACCAGUACCUAUCUCUCUCUACCAAGAUUCUAAUGCUGAGGGGAACCAGGUUGUGCAUGGGGGCUUCAUCACCAACCCACCAGCUUGCAGGGAAUCAUUCGACAAGACGGAAUCUUCGUUGAACUCAUUGGAGAAUUUCCUUCGGGAAGCGAGUGAAGCGUUCAAUAUUUCAUAUGGUGAUGGCCUCCCUGGCCCUUCAUCUGCUGUCGUUAUCACAGAGCUCCAUUCAUCCGGAGAAAGUGAUCCCCAUGUGCCAUCACCUGUCUCAAGAAUGCAUACAUCUUCGGCUGGUGCGGGAGAUUCGCUCUCUUCCCGCGAUUUAACAGAGUCAACUAGCUGCGCUGAGAGCCCUCGCCUCGCUCAGAUCCAACCCUGUACAGAUUCACGGACUAAGGUGUCUGAGAUCGAUGUCAAUCGGGAGCCUGCUGUCACAGAAACUGGUCCGACAAGGGACCAACCUGCCGAGGAGCCUCCCCACGUAGCAGCUGGGGUGAACGAUGGCUUUUGGCAGCAGUUCCUCACAGAGCAGCCCGGUCCUGAUGUACACCAGGAGGCCCAAUCAGAAAGGAGAGAUGGCGAUGAUGAUAAGGGCGAUCAGACGAGGAUAGGGGACCGAGAAAAUUUUUGGUGGGGGAAGAAGAAUGUUGAGCAGAUGAGAGAGAAGCUGGGGCGUCUCACCUCGGUGGAGAAAACCUGACUGUAUUUCUUGUAGCUGGAAAAAAAAAGUUAGCACAGAAACACAUAUAGGACGCUGGUGCCUCUGACUGACAUGUACUUUGCAGUGUACCAUAUAUCUUCGCCACCAGAUAUGCUGACUGACAUCGACCUCGUAGUCGUACUUCUUCCACCUGUACUUUUGCCGAGUUUACAGUGAGAUUUAGUUGUUGCUAUACUUUUUUUCUUUUUUCUUUUGAGAUGGACUAGUCGCUAUACUUCUGUUAGGAGUUCUGCAUUCGUACUUGGUUAGUAGACACUUCCUGGUACUGUUGUCCAACGACGUGGUUAUAUAUGUAGAUGAUGAUAAUAUUCACUUCGUUGUUGGAUAGUAUCUGUGUGUGUAGACUAAG